AUGCCAUCAGAUCCCAACCAAAUCCAACCACCCUUGCUUUCUUUCCUCCAUCAACAUUUCAGCACCUACCUCUCUCGUUCCUCUUCACGUGUCGCCGUUUAUGGUUUUAUCUUCCUUCUGGCUUACUGGUGCAGGCAACCUAUGUUCCCUUCAGAUGGUCCUCUUCACCAUUUCCUUGUUUCACAGCACUUGGAUGAGAUGUCUUGUACUCAAGGCUGCCGGAAUAGUGUUCUAAGGGACUUGGAACAACCCAUGAACUGUAAUGGUGCCAAAGACCAGCAAUGCAAUCAGUUGAUUUCAAUCUGUUUUGGUGUACUUUGUGAUGACAGGGUGGAUCGCGAUGCUACUCAGAGUUCAGAUGUUGGAGGUGGUCUAGUGCAUGUGAUGUCAUACAGCUAUAUUGGUGUAGUAGCUAGUAAAUAUGUCUUCGUAGGUAUCGAUACAAUGCUGCUACUGUAG